GCAAAAUAUUCACUAAUUUCCUCAUCCUUUUUCACUCUAAAUUAUCACAACCUAAAUAUAGUAAGUUAUCAAGUAAGAAAAAAAAAUGGGAUUAAAGGCUUUUAUACUUCUAAGCCUUGUUUUGGCUAUUUUUGCAAUUGUAACCUCAGAUGUUGCUGCUGGGGAGUUGGCUGAGAGCUCCACUACUACUAUGGAAAAUACAAAGAAAUCUGAGAAGAAAAAUGAGGUAAAUGAUGCUAAAUAUCCUGGAGGAGGUUAUGGAGGAGGAGGAUACCCUGGUGGUGGUCGCGGAGGUUAUGGAGGGUAUCCUGGUGGUGGUGGUGGUCGUGGAGGUUAUGGAGGGUAUCCUGGUGGUGGUGGUGGUCGUGGAGGUUAUGGAGGGUAUCCUGGUGGCGGUGGUGGUCGUGGAGGUUAUGGAGGGUACCCUGGUGGUGGUCGUGGACGUGGAGGUGGAGGUGGAGGUGGAUACUGCUCCUAUGGCUGUUGUGAAAGGAAUUACUAUGGUAAUGGUUGCAAUAGGUGUUGUUACUCCAAAAGUGAAGCCAUGAAUAAAGUCACCCAAGCUAAGCCUCACAACUAAAAUUACUAAGUUAUAAGCAAUAUUUAUGAAGUGUGUGUUUUAGUAGUAUGUAAAAUAGUUUUAAUUUGUUGUUGGGAGUUUGAAUAAAUGUAGCUUCCAUUCACUUCAUGUGGAUGGAUGGUCAAAUGUUAUCUUUUCAUUUGUACGUA